CCCCGGGUUCAGGGCGCUCCGGGGAACCCCAGCUGACUCGCGAGCUGCCGUGGUAGCCCAAUAGUGAGCGAUCCGGGUGGCCGCCCCCGCCCGCUGCACUGCCCGCGGCCCCCCACUCUGCAGCUGGGACUUGAUGGAGGUCCCGCGGGCUCUCCAAGGCUCUUCCCUUUUUGCGUGUUGCCUGCUGCGGUGAGAUUCCCGCGCGGGCUGGCUGAGAGCAGGGUCGUGCGCCGGGCUAUCCCCACCAAGCUUCGGGUUUGGAGAAGACGAGGUCUGGCAGCUUAGAGCGCUGAGUUCCACAUCUAAACAAGCUCAGAAAGUUCAAGAAAGAAUCCAUUUCUGCACAUGGCCAUCUGGCUCUUUGAAGCAAUGUCCCAUCACGUGCCAUGCUGGUGAUGUCACAGGACGCAAGGAAGUUAAUGUUAGCCGGUAGCCAGCCUACGAGAAGUCAUAAAACAAAAUUGAGAAGUACGUCCAUCCAGUGCUAUUUGUGUUUACUUCUAAACAGUCAUUUUUUAACUGAGGCUGGCAUUCAUGUCUUCAUUUUCAGCUGUGUCAGUGCAGGUCUUCCUAAAACAGAGGCAAACUGGCAGCAUGUAGCAAGUGAUUUGAAAAGAAUUGAAAGUCUUAUGCAAUCUAUACAUAUUGAUGCCACUUUAUAUACUGAAAGUGAUGUUCGUCCCAGUUGCAAAGUAACAGCGAUGAAGUGCUUUCUCUUGGAAUUGUGUGUCAUUUACCAGGAGUCGAAUAACAUGGAUAUGAAAGAUACAGUAUAUAACCUUAUCCUCUUAGCCAACAGUAGCUUGUCUUCUAAUGGGACUAUAACUGAAUCUGGAUGCAAAGAAUGUGAGGAACUGGAGGAAAAAAAUGUGAAAGAAUUUUUGCGGAGUUUUAGACAUAUCGUGCAAAUGUUUAUCAACACUUCCUGAUUGUACCUGAUCCUGUUCAGCAUUUCUGUUAUUAACAAAUAUCUUCGCAUUGCUCACUGGCCACGAAACACUCUGCGUGUCAAAUAUGCUGCCAAAACAUUUUUCCCAGCGAGAAGAUGAUCAGGAUCUUGGACCAGAUGAACUCUUAGAAAUGAAGGCAGAAAAAUGGCAUUGAGUAACAUGGUAUCUACGAACUGUCCUCAGCCUUAUUAUGUUCCUUUGUUUUUAAUUUAUUGUUGAAAUUGUACAUUUGUAGCGUAAUAUAAAAAUGUUGAAUAAAAUUGUGUACAUAUUUUAUCCUUUGAAAUUGCACUGAUAUUUUGACUUCCUAAAAGAAAACAGAGGACCUUUGUUCAAGGUGAUAAAUCAAAUUAUUCACCAACUAGGGAGGCUGAGCACAACUGCUAUGGGUAAACAGUACGCUCUAGCUAGUGUGGAACUACUGACUACCAGCUUUUGUUUACUUCUCCACUCUAUGUGUAGUACUUAGAGGAAGACGUG